UCGCUGGUUCUCCGCUCGCCAAUCGCUUGUUUAAAUUGCUUUUCUAAUUAAUGCGCUGGGCAAAUAUUUGCCAGUGCAUGUGUUGUAAUAAAAAGAAGCUCCAAGUUCCUGCUUUCUUGGAGGCUACUUUGAUUUCGUUUCUUUCCGGCGGUCGUGUCGCGCGUGUUUCUCGCCCUACGAGUAUAUUGCCUCGAUUCUCCGGUCCGGUCGAGUGGUCGAUUCAAUAUACACAGCUCCUCAAUCUCUUUGGCCCAUUCGCGUUUCUCUUUGGCUGUCACUUCGAGUCAAGAACCCAGUGGAUACGUCAUCGUUUGAUUGCGUCAGCAGUCGCUCUUUGCUCGAAGCUUUUUUCGUUUUUUUGUCUCGCGCUUUUUCAGUCAGUUUUGUUUUGGUUCGGUAUUCUGCCACCGGUUGAAAUGAGCAGCGAUUUGGAUGUGCUGGAUGUGGUGGCCAGCAACGAGGGGCCUCCCCUGCAGGCCUUCCGUUCCAGCAAUCCCUUUGACGAGUCUGAUGAGAUGUCCUCCUCCCAGCAGGACUUGGAAAAGGAGCGGGAUGGCAAUCACACGCCGUUGCAUAUGCUGCGCCGUGCCAGCGAAACGGUGACCGCCAGCAUCCUGGAGCCCGAAAAGGAGCACCUGCUGGGCGGUCGGCCCCAGGCUCCUCCCCGCACCCACGGAACCUCCAUUCUGAGUGCCCCUGAAGCAAAGCGCAGCAGACAGCAGCAAAAUCAGUGGCAGCUGCAACAGCAGCAGCAGCAUCAGCAGAGGAGCAACAACAACGCGGCAGUGGGGCCAGGUGACAACAUGACACAAGGAGCUAAAAACGGCAGUGCAGCGCCGCAGGACUCGCAAGGCGACAUCCUGCCCACCCGCCCCCUGCAUACCAAAUUAGACAUACAGAAAAUCCCGGAGGACGCGGGUGGUGGUGGUGGUGGAGGAAGUGGAAGGGGGGAAGGAGGAGGAGACGCCGCACAAAACGCUGCAACAAUAAUUUUAACGCCGACAUCAUUAAAUUUAACAAAUACAACACAAAAUGUUGCCGGCAACAAUGCGGGCAACUCAAACUCCAACUCCGGCUAUCCAACUCCGGGCGGAGUCCGUGGCGACGAGUACAAAGGGCCAAAAUGGUGGCUCCAUUUCCGUUCGCAUUGGGUGAACAUUUCCGAACAGGUGGCCCUGUUGGCCAUCUUUCUGGGUCUGUGGGCCAUGGCCUUCGUCCUGCUGCCAGAUUAUGCGCAGCCACAGACCGUCAUCAUGCGGAUUGCAUUCCUGUUCGUGGGAGCCCAGAUCACGGGCAUUCUGGUGACCUUCGUUCACCUGCCCGACAUGCUUGGCAUGCUCUUCUUCGGCGUGCUGUACGCCAAUCUCGGCCUGGCCAACUUCCAGGGCUAUCAGAAGUUCGAGCUGUUUCUCAGGGAAAUGGCCCUGAUCAACAUCAUGCUGCUGGCUGGCCUCGGACUGGAUGGCGAUGCCUUCAAGCGGCUGUGGUUCAUGAUUCUCCGCCUGACCCUUCUGCCCACGAUUGUGGAGGUGGCGGCCAUCGCCGGACUGGCCUACCUUACGCUCUCGAUGUCCUGGCUGUGGGGCAUCGCCUUGGGCCUGGUCAUCACCGCCGUCUCCCCGAACGUGGUCGUCACCGUGAUGCUGAAGCUCAAGGAGGACCGGCUCGGCCUGAACAGCGGCAUCCACACGCUCAUCUACGCCAUGACCACAUGCAACGAUGUGGUGGCCAUCUUCAUGUUCGGCGUGAUAAUCAGCGUAAUAUUCUCAACGACCUCGCUCACCCAACAAGUUCUGCAGGGUCCCAUUGGCAUCGGGAUUGGACUCGUUUUUGGCUAUCUCUACGGCUCGAUGCUCCAGUACUUGCCGUCGCGGAACGCGACGUACGCAAAUGGGCUCCGCUUCGUCUUGACCGUCUUGGGCGGCACCAUUGCCGUGAUGGGCAGCCGCGUCAUCGGUUAUACGUCGGCCGGGGCUCUGGGAUGUGUGACGACCGCCUUCAUUGCGAGGAUUGGCUGGCGGCGGGAGGAGGCCAGACUGACGCCCCAACAGCUGCAGGCCCAGCAGAUUGCGAGUGUGCCGAAGCGUCUGGACCUCAUGUGGAAGUUCCUCAAGCCCGUCUCGUUUGCGCUCAUCGGCAAGGAAAUUAAUUUCAACGUGCUGCAGGGCCAUGUAAUCGGUUAUGGCGCCUUGUUGGUGCUCGUCGGAAGUUUGUUUCGCCUGGCUUUUGCAUAUUUAUCCACAUAUGGCGGAAAUCUGUCGAGAAAGGAACGUGCCUACAUUACAAUUUCCGGUUUUCCCAAAGCAACUGUCCAAGCCGCCUUGGGUCCAGUGGCUUUGGACUUGGCACGUGCUGCCAGGGUGGCGAAUGAAGAACAGCUGGCUUUGGCCAGCAAUGUGCUGAUCAUCUCUGUCCUGGCGAUUAUAUUCACCGCACCGUUGGGCGCCAUUCUAAUGCUGCGACUGGCGCCAUAUUGGCUCAAACACGGCGAUGCAGUGGAGGCGGUGGACUCACCCACAACGCCCACUGCCACGCCCCCGGCGAACAACGAUUCCGUUAAAAGGACCUAGCGGCAGCUUGACCCACGCAUCCGGAGUUAAUCCCGGCCAAAAGUUUUAAUCCACGCCGUACUUACCUAGCCAUUCUAGCCGUACUUAUACUUACGUGUACUUAGUCGCUUUCGGCAAUGCGCAGUUCAAAUAAAAGUAAAUGCGAAAAGUUA